AUGAACUCUAAUUUGCACGAUCAACUCGAAGAAUUACAAGUCUUACAAUCCAUCUAUUCCGAAGAUGUUCAAAAUGUACAAGAAUUUUCCGAGGAUGAAAUUCAAGAGUCAUCAUCAUCGAUGGAGGAACAUUCUCAGCACCCGCCACCGCCGAUAAGCCUUCAAUAUCAAUUGAAAAUUAAAUCCUUGAUUGAACGCGGGAUGAUAGAAAAGAGAGAACACGAUCACAUGUAUCACUUGUUUCAAACCGGAAUAAUUUUCAAUGUGGCAUGUUCGAUCAUGUAUCCAUCACAUGACACACCACAAAUUUCGAUCGAACCCUUGGACAAGGAAAUUGUUAUUUAUUGUCCACCUGAAAUGGAACCUGAACAUGAAGAGUUUAAAGAGAAGAGAAGAAUUGCAGAAGAAAUUCAAUUACGUGAAAUUCAAGAAUUAUCAGACUUGCUCAAGAAAAAUGCCAAUCAAGCAAGAGGUCAAGUCGUUCUCUUCUCCCUCAUUCAAGACAUUGAGGAUUAUUUGGCCACCAAGUCGAGUGAAAUUACAAAUUUUGAUGCUGAGUUGGAAGCAGUCAUUGAGAAUCGCAGAAAAUCUUUGAAAAUUGCCCUUCCACCGUCCCCUUCAAAAUUUUUGCAUGUGACGUCAAAUGGUGAAUCACUUUCCAUGAUUAAUGAUGCGCUCCUGCAGACAACAACACCUGUUUCAUCUCCAACAUCCUCCUUUGGGACCUCGCCCAAUACUGAUUCUUCUUCCAUUAAUUUCGAGUAUCAUGCUCGAAAAUUUACCUUCGUUCAUCGAAAUACCCCACUCUUGUGGUUUGACCAACUCACAAUUCUAUCGAAUUUUGUCAAGGAAUUGGUUGACAAUAAGCAACUGUUCAAUAGAAUUUUACACAAGACUGCCAACAAUGGCGAUGGAAAGUUUUUUGUUUGGGGAGGAAUUUAUAAGGGCGCUUUAAGCAAUGAUUUGGCCCUUGUGGAAAUGGACAUCAACAAGAAGCUCGUCUUCUCAAAACAAAAACAAUCCAAGCCAGCUAAUCCGAGAUUGUUUGCCAGUUUCAAUUACGUCUCUCAAAAAUUGGUUCUUAUUGGAGGAUUCGAUACAAAUAACACACUGCAAAGUGACAUUCAAAUUGCAAGCAUUUCUGAUUUGAACUGGAGAGAAGUCAUCCCUGAAACAAACAAAUUACCUCCCAUUGCUGAUCAUGCUUCUGCAUCCGACAAUAUUGACACGAUUUAUAUAUUUGGUGGAGUUGGGAAACAAGACUUUUCAAACACGCUUUAUGCCUAUCAUGUCCAUGAAAAUACCCUCCAAGUGUUGUGUCGAUCGCCCCUCUCACAAAUAUCACCAAGGGCAGGCUCAGCGAUGACCCUUUUGAAUGACCAUCACUUGUACAUCUAUGGUGGAUAUGACAAUUCAACAAUUUUUAAUGAUUUGUAUCAAUUCAACGUGAUAUCAUCAACGUUCACAAAAAUUGAAACCAAUUAUUGCUCCUUGUCUGUUCCUCCUCUCGCUAUGGCUUCCCUUCUGUCAAUACCAUUCAAAAAAGAUUCAUUAAGCUUGCAGGGAGGAUGGGAUGGAACCAAGUGGAAUUCUGCAAUUUUUGAAUUUAAUGAAUCCAAGUCUUCUUGGACGGUGUGGACUGAAGAAAACUUUGAUGGAGUUGCAUAUAAUUCUGUGUCAACCCUGAUGGAUUCCUAUAUUGUACUUGGAGGCACGAAAUCAACCGCAUUCAAUUCUGCCAAAGACACAGUCAAGCAAUGGAAUAACAAGUCAUCAAAAACAAUGACCAUGACGACUGAACAUACGGUGAAAGCUUUUCGAAUGAAUAGAGGAGUCAAUUUGAAUGAAAAUCCAAUGGCUGAAUUAGGAAGAGCCUAUUUUCAGUGGUUCCAAGAGCAACAUGCUGAAGAUUCAGAUGUAAUUUUCACGCUUCCGCUGGGAGAAGAAGAAGAAAACAACUCCUUGACGGCAGAUGAACACUCGAAUAUUAUUUAUGCACACAAGAUAAUGGUUGAGAGGUCUCAAGUUUUGAAACGAAUGAUCGUUGUGGCAGAAAUGAAAAAAUAUCAACUCACAGAAGACAACAUUGAUGACGACUUUGUUCAAAAGUAUAAGCUUAAUCAUGGCGAUCCAGUCACCAUUAGAAUUACCUACUUUCCCAAAGUCAAACAUACUCGCACAGCCUUCAUGAGUGUGCUGCAAUACCUGUACUCGGGAUUUUUGGAUGCGAGAAAUCUUUCUGGCAAGAAAAAUGUUUUUGCUGACAUUUAUCAACUUGCCAUUCAGUUGAAAAUACCUUUGUUGGUAUCAGCUCUUAGUGACUCUAGCCAUGUCCCCUAUGAGGUCUUUAAGAGUAAUCAUUUGAAGAAAUAUGUCGAUCAGGUAUCUCAGGAAUUUUUGAAAAUUCAAGAGGAGGAACCCAACAUUGAUGACAUUGAGAGCUACCGAGAAUCGUUAUCCAUCAACGCUUCCGCAUGUCCUCCAGCAUGCUUGGCCAAAUUUGUUGCACCAGAUUUUUCACAUGAUCCACCAAAAUAUAAGAGCAUUCUCGCUCACAAGGGAAUUCUGAAAAUAAGAUCCCCCUAUCUUGAAACUCUAUUCAACUCGAGUUUUAUGGAAGCACAACAUGGUGUCGUAAUAUUUGAACAUGUCAGCAUCCAGAGCAUUUUCAUUGUACUCAAGUAUAUUUAUUCAUUCACACUGAAUGAUAUUGAUGCAAGUAAUUGUGUCGAGGUCUAUCUCACGUCUCAUCAAUUUGAAAUUAUGGACUUGCACGACAAGGCACGUUCCAUCAUUAAGGAACAAGAAUUGGACGAACAUACAGCACUUCAAGUUCUUCACCUGAGUGAAUCACUCCAUGACAAAUAUCUAAAGGACUAUUGUAUUUUCAUGCUUGCCAAGAAUUAUGACGAAAUCCUCAAGAGAGAUCCCACCUUCUUCCACGACUUGACCUCUGAAAAUAGAUCCCAAAUUUACAAGAUACAUUUGACACACAAGAGCAAGAGCAGCAGUGGAAAGGAAGUGAAAUAG